CAGGAUGUGGUGUUGGAUAAAACCUUUCCCCUACCGUACACCCCGCCCUCCUUCCCCCAGCCCUGGUCCCCACCUCUAGAAGACAGCGGAACUGAGAAAGAAGAGGCCUGUGGACAGAAAAGUCAUGUCUGACUCCCUGGUGGUGUGCGAGGUGGACCCAGAGCUAAAGGAAAAGCUGAGGAAAUUUCGCUUUCGGAAAGAGACAAUGCAGCCAUAAUAAUGAAGGUGGACAAAGACCGGCAGAUGGUGGUGCUGGAAGAAGAAUUUCAGAACAUUUCUCCAGAGGAACUAAAAAUGGAGUUGCCAGAGAGACAGCCAAGGUUCGUGGUCUACAGCUACAAGUAUGCGCAUGAGGACGGCCGAGUGUCCUACCCCUUGUGUUUCAUCUUCUCCAGCCCUGUGGGCUGCAAGCCCGAACAACAGAUGAUGUAUGCAGGGAGUAAAAACAGACUGGUACAAACAGCAGAACUCACAAAGGUGUUUGAAAUCCGCACCACUGAUGACCUCACCGAGGCCUGGCUCCAAGAGAAGUUGUCCUUCUUUCGUUGAUCUCUGGCCUGGGGAAUAUGAGUCCCUGGUGUCUGAGUCCCCAAAGUAACAGCGAACUCUGACUCCUAGGAUCUGAACAUCUGAGACCCUGAAGAAAUUAAAAUACAAGAACUAGA